UCUAAGGACUUUGAACCCACGGGAUGGACAGGAUGGAGGGAGAGUGGGAGUGGGCUUUGGGGCCUCAGGCACUGGGCCUCCUGAGCAGACGCUGCCCAGGUGACCAGAAGUCAGCCGCUUCCCAAAAGCCGCGUAGCCGGGGCAUCCUCCACUCGCUCUUCUGCUGCGUGUGCCGUGAAGAUGGGGAGGCCUUGCCCUCCCACAGCGGGGCACCCCUGCUGGUGGAGGAGAACGGUGCCAUUCCCAAGAGCCCAGUGCAGUACCUGCUCCCAGAGGCCAAAGCCCAGGACUCAGACAAGAUCUGUGUGGUCAUCGACCUGGACGAGACCCUGGUGCACAGCUCCUUCAAGCCAGUGAACAAUGCCGACUUCAUCAUCCCAGUGGAGAUCGAUGGGGUGGUCCACCAGGUCUAUGUGCUGAAGCGACCCCAUGUGGAUGAGUUCCUGCAGCGAAUGGGUGAGCUCUUCGAGUGCGUGCUGUUCACCGCCAGCCUGGCCAAGUAUGCAGACCCAGUAGCUGACCUGCUGGACAAGUGGGGGGCCUUCCGGGCCCGGCUGUUCCGAGAAUCAUGUGUCUUCCACCGGGGGAACUACGUAAAGGACCUGAGCCGCCUGGGCCGAGACCUUCGGCGGGUGCUCAUCCUGGACAACUCGCCAGCCUCCUAUGUCUUCCACCCAGACAAUGCCGUACCGGUGGCCUCGUGGUUUGAUAACAUGAGUGACACUGAACUCCACGACCUACUACCCUUCUUUGAGCAACUCAGCCGAGUGGAUGACGUGUACUCAGUGCUCAGGCAGCCUCGGCCUGGGAGCUAGUGAGGCGCAGCGGGGCCAGGACUGCCCUUGGCAGAAGCCUGCACCUCCCGCCAUGCAGACUCUGGGCACUUGCCUGUACUCUUCGUUAAGAAAACCUGCGGGCUGCAGCAUGUUCACUGCCCUGGGGAAGCAGGCAUCGCCCUACCAGCCCCCACUGGGCUGCACCAAGGAUGAUGAGCCCCUGGGCCCGCGUCAGUGCCUUCAAACCUCCUCUCCCCUUUUCAGGGAGCCUGGAGGCCAUGCCUGCUGCUCCCCCUUUCUGUCUCCUUCAUGCUGCCAUAUUUCUCUGCUGCCAAAUCGGGCCCCUUAGCCCCUGUUCUGCUUUGGGGGUGGAGGCAGGGUUUCUGGCCCCCAGCCUGGGAACAGUGGACUCCAAGUGCCUUUUAUAGACCCCCCCUCUUCCCUGUCAGCUUUCCCAGGGACAAGGACACAUACAUCAUCCUACCAGCUCCUGCCUGGAACAGCCUGCUGGUGGCUGCUAGGUGUCUUCCUGCCUUGGGACCGAUAGAGCAAGCAGCAGUUUCUGCCCCGGGGGUUGGGAGAGAUAUCUGUGACCAUCUGUGAAGGGAGCAACCAUCCUUCCUUCAGGAUCCCACAGCCCCACCUCUCCAAAGCUGGACCCCUACUUCUGCCUUAACCACCCAAGGCCCUGUGACUUGGUUCCUCGGGCUCUGAGUACGGGGGGCAUAGGCAGGACCCCCUUGUGGUGCCAUAUAAAUAUGUAUAUGUGUAUAUAGAUUUUUAAGGGAAGGAGAGAGGGAAGGGUCAGGAUAGAGACACCCUUCCCUUGCCCCCUUCCUGGGCCCAGAAAUUGGGGUGGGGGAGGGAAAGGAUUUUUACAUUUUUUUAAACUGCUAUUUUCUGAAUUGAACAAGCUGGGCCAGGGGGCUGAGGUUCUGUCCUGUCCCUCACAGCCCCUUUGCUCUGUUCAUUCAAAAAUACUCUGAGCACCUUCUAUGCCCAGCAAUGUGCUAGGUCCACCAGCUGAGUGGGGGGGUCUCCACCUCCUAAUUGGUGCCCCUCCCCAUUCACUCAACUUCACAGGUGCCUUCUGGGUGUCUGCAGGAGGUGGGACCUUCUUGGGUUUCGGGGGGUCUCCAGGAAACCUGGCCAAGCUGUCCCCCUCCCCUGUGCCAACCCACCCCCUGCAGCCUCCUCUGAUCCUCUGCUGGCUGGGGGCUUCCUGCUCCCAGUCCUGCCUUCCAACUCUGACUUCUAUUUCUGAACCCCUGCCCCACACUAGUGGAGUCUGGAGGUCAAGGCCUUGGGUUCUUCCCAGGGUCUAAGUUAAGGGGACCCACAAACCAGUGCCAAGGGAGUUGGGGGAGGGAGGCUAUGGUUGACCUGAGUCAAGGGUGACCAUCCUGUUUAAGUGCCUUCUCUGACAGCCUCACAGUGUGAUAACUAAAGAGAAAGCCAGGCCCCAUCA